CACACACAGUGCUGCACGUUCUAGUUCUAGAAGGCAUCAAGAAGACGACGACGGCGUCCCUUUUGCCCAUUUGUGCCAUGGCUCGAUGGUUGUUCCUGUUCUUCUGCUGCCUGCAAAAGUUCUCCUUUGGCUCUGGCGAAAUCCGUUCUUUGUCCAUGGUUGCAGAACAACCAGGCGCUCGCCAGUGGUCCCUCGGUGACACCGUGCGGCUCACCUACACCUUGGAGACAUAUUGGGACACCCAUGUGUUCUGUACCAAAGACGGACGUCUUCUUACUUCCUAUUCCAUCCAAGUGCCCACUCGGACCGUCGCCAAAAGAGUACAUCGCAUGUUGCUGGUUCGCAAUGCGUCCAUGGAACACGCGGGCCGCUACCUGUGCCACGCGCGAACUCACGUGUCGAACGUGACCCGCACAGUGGGCUGGAAGGUUCACUUGCGAGCGCCAUCUCUCUGCCCAUUGGCGUACGGGUGCCAUGAGAGGGACGAUGUCAUAUGCCAUCCUUGCACGUGUCCACCAAAGAAACAGUUCUACGGACGAAAUAGAAUCUUCCGAUGCUACAACGAGCAGAACAUCGUAGACGUCAAACUCCUAACUACGUCCCACAACUUUCGACAGUUCGAGCCCCUGGUGGUGGAUUAUGAACUAACCACAUUCGGAGACACGCAGGUCCGUUGGAUUGUAAACGGCUACAUCCGCCAGUCUUACACCGUCCUUCUUAACACCGAGGAGACGAUCGUGACUCUUCAAAAGCGACUGAUCAUUGGCGAUAAAGUGGAACGCGACGAACGCUACGAAGGCACAAUUGAGGCACGGGUGCGAGGCACUGAACUCAUCGCAAGCCGUACUGCAACCAUUGUCUUAUCCUACAUUCAGCCAGGUUCACCCUGUGAGCCCAACGAGUCAAAACUUAGGUGCUCAGUCAUCAACGGCGAAUGCGUGGGUAAGGUGUGCGCAUGCCCUCAAGACUGGGUCGAAAAUCACAUGCAGCACACGUGCAAGAGGCCCUGCAGCGAUCCCACUGAAUGCAUGGACCUGGGAAGAGCCACGUGCAACAGCAGGGAUUGCGAGUGCUUGCCCGGAUUUUACCUGCAAGGCGGCAAAUGCACGAGGCUGGAGUGCGUGUCUCACAGUGAGUGCUCGAAGCGGCAUAGCAGCAGCUUCUGCCACAGGGGGUACUGCUACUGCCUGGCGGGGUACACGUUGAGCAAUGGGCGCUGCGAACCUCAGCACUGUCUUGUGGCCGAUGAGUGUCCCCAGCCUGACAUGCACUGCGUCAGAGGGCUGUGUGUCUGCAAUAGUCAGUUUGAUCUCGUCGAGAAUACGUGCAGGAAGAGCGACGUUGGAGCUUGCGAUCCUGCCAGCCAGAGUGCAUGCGCGACGCCGAACUCCAUCUGCGACGCCGAGGACAACCAAUGCCGCUGCAAAAAAGGCUACCGCGCCGUCACUGUUCUCGGUGGCAGAGACUGCCUGGACGUCGACUGCACAAACGGAACGUGCAACGUCACGAACGCGCGGUGCGUGAACGGUAUGUGCCUCUGCCCCAACGGAAAACCCCCGACCAGUGCUUUCUGCUUCGGCCACAUUGGCGUGACCGCAGCAGAACUCAUGGGUUCCGUUAAGUUAGCGUCUCUGUCUGCGGCCAUUCUUGUUGGCGUUAUCAUCUUCGCAUGCGUUACCAUGACCUGCAUGAAGUCCAAAGAAGAUUACGUGUCUUCGAUCGAGGACGAUAAGCCGGUGGACGACGAAGGGGCUAUCGUGGCCGCGAAAAAGGCGAAGGCAUUUUUGGAAGAAGAGGAGCAACCCGUAGAGCCUCUGCCCGAAGAAGGAUUCGUGAGGACCUUCAUGCGUUCCAUGUUUCCCAAGCUGUCGGAUGGGCUGUUCGGCGUGCAUGGGGAAGAGACGAGAAUUAAGUUCGGAAGCACGGAUAUAUCGAGUUCGCUCGAUAUCUGACGAGAAAAUGACUGCGAUAAUGUGCGGAACGUUUAUUAGAUGUGUAUGAAGUUCCAUUGUGUUUUGCAGUUCAGUGGAAAAUCUGUGAAAGAAUAGCUUGUAUCCCAUAUACUUAUCUUAAUGCAAUAAUGCGUUCAGAGAACGCUGCCAUAUGCAUUGUGCUUGAAACUGUAUUCACGCCAAACGCAUUAAAACGAUGGUUUUCAGUAGG